ACACGCGGACAUCCCUCUUCCAGCGCGUCGUGGUAACGAUGCUUUCUGGUUCCUAAAUUUAAAAGGCUCGCCCCUCCUGAAGAGCGCCAUCAGCUAGUUCUCGGCCCCCCGGGCCCACCAAACUUCUUGGUGGCGCGGUGCCUCGUCGGUGGUCUGGAACGUCGGCUGAUUCAAAGUCCAAGCGUUUCAUCAAGAUGACGAGCCUCUACCGAGUGCUGCUAUGGAUGUGCUGGUUCCUCGUUCUUAUCGAGUGUUAUGACGAGCCGAAAAACAACGACGAGGAUGACGAGAGCUCGAAGUUGAUUCGCAUCGCCGGAGACAUAAUCCUGGGGGGGAUAUUUCCCAUGCACGAACAGGUGCCGGGAACCAUGGGCCAAUCUCCCUGCGGAGCAGUCAAGGAAGAGAAAGGUGUUCAACGGCUCGAGGCGAUGCUCUACGCCUUGGACGAGCUUAACAACGACUCGAGCGUUCUGCCCAACACCACCCUGGGCGGAUUGAUUCUAGACUCCUGCAGCAGCGACACGUAUGCCCUCGACCAGAGCAUGGAGUUUGUCCGAUCCUACAUGAACCAGGAUAUGUCCGAGUACAAAUGCGAGAGCGGAAAGCCACCGGUAUACGUGCCGCACAAGCCAGUAACCGGAGUCAUUGGAGCCUCUUUCAGUGUAGUUUCCAUCAUGGUAGCCAACAUUCUCCGGCUGUUCAAAAUCCCCCAGCUGAGCUACGCCUCUACGAGUACCGAACUUUCCGACAAGAGCCGGUUCGAAUACUUUAGUCGAGUCGUCCCGCCUGACAAUUUCCAGGCCCAAGCGAUGGUCGAAGUCGUGCGUCGACUGGGCUGGAAAUACGUAUCCACCGUCGCCGUUGAGGGUGAUUACGGAGAAAAGGGUAUCGCCAGCUUUAUAUCACUCUCGGUAGAGUACAACAUCUGCAUAGCAGUGAGCGAGAAGAUCUUGAGAAAUUCCAAACCCGAAGAUUUUGACCGGAUCGUCGAGCGUCUGGUGGGGAAGCACAACGCUCGCGGUGUCGUGCUCUUCGUCGACGAAGACAACACACGGAAACUUCUGCAGGCAACGGUCAGGGCCAACCGCACUGGUCACUUCCUCUGGAUCGGCAGCGACUCCUGGGGAGCCAAGGUUUACCCCGUCAGGGAUCAGGAAUUCGCAGCCGAAGGAGCCAUCACCAUUUUACCCCGCCGAAACUCCCUGGAAGGUUUUGACAGAUACUACAGAAGCCUGAGGCCACGAAUAGGCGAGGAUGAUUGUGCCAAGCAAUCGGAGAGAAACCUACCGCAUCCAGUGUUACCGGGGAGAAUGAUCAACUGCCGUAAUGUUUGGUACCGAGAAUUCUGGUCCCAGCAUCACAAGUGUAGCUUUGGCCCCACGAUUCCCCCCGGGUCUAAGAGGUGCACAGGGGACGAGGAGUUGAUCGACUACGAGCAAGAAGGGCUCGUGCCUUUCGUCGUUGACGCUGUCUACGCCAUGGCCUACGCAGUUCAUAACAUCAUCGAGGACGAGUGCGUCCGCGGUCGCGGUACGGCUCACUAUCUCUGCGACGUCCUUAAGCCGGCUCCGCAAGGACAGCACCUUCUUCACUAUAUCCACAACGUAACUUUCGUCGGGCGGCAAGGGACUGAGAUAAAGUUCAAUUCUGACGGAGAUGCUUUUGGCUUCUACAAUAUUUAUCAGUACCAGCAUAGCGACGAAGGACGAUUCGAUUACACGCCAAUCGGCACUUGGAAAGAAAUUCUCGAGCUUGAUGUCAACAUGACACGAUGGGCGACGGGUCCCGGCGAAGAGAACAUCCCACGGAGUACGUGCAGCGAAAACUGUCCUCUUGGUCACGUCAGGAAUUUUCAGGAAGCUUGCUGCUGGAGUUGCGUUGCUUGUCGGGAAGAUGCCUACGUGUUUAACGACACUUGCCGCAGCUGUGAUCCGGGAUACGCUCCUGACAAGACGAAAACCCGGUGCAUAAAGUUAGCGGCUGAAGUUAUACCUUGGACGAGCCCCUGGGCAGUCGUUCCGCUAACAUUUGCCGCGGUGGGGAUCCUCAGCACCCUCUUCACCACAGCUGUCUUUAUCAGAUUCAAUCGCACCCCGGUGAUCAUGGCCUCCGGGCGAGAGCUCUGCUACGUACUCCUCGUUGGUAUUCUCUCUUGUUACGGAAUGAGUUUCGUCAUAUUGAGCAGACCGACCACUUGGAAUUGCACCUACCUUCGGAUAGGACUAGGUCUCUGUUUGAGUAUUUGCUACAGCGCCAUACUCACCAAAACCAAUCGGAUUUCCCGGAUUUUUAAUCAGGGGAUUAAAAGCAUUAAACGGCCAUCGUACACAUCGCCGAAGAGCCAAGUCGCUAUUGCUAUUGGGAUUACGGCAGUUCAACUAAUCGGAGCGAUAGUAUGGUUAAUCAUCGAGCCUCCAGACACCAAGGAAAUCUAUCCGUACCCGUUAACCGCUGUUCUAACUUGCCGCGUUUCAACCUUCUCCCUCAUGAUGUCUCUCGUGUACAACAUGAUACUGAUCCUCAUGUGUACGCUGUACGCGUUCAAGACACGCAAGAUCCCGGAAAACUUCAACGAGGCCAAAUACAUAGGAUUCACCAUGUACUCCACAUGUAUAGUAUGGCUUGCCUUCAUUCCGAUUUACUUCGGCACCAACAACGAUUACAAGAUCCAGAUCGCUAGUAUGUGCAUGUGCAUCAACAUCUCAGCAACCGUUGCUCUGGGCUGUCUGUUCACGCCUAAGGUAUACAUAGUGCUGUUCCAGCCAUACAAGAACGUCAGACCUGGGCAGGCGAACGCUACUCAGCCUCAAGGAGCGAACAGGCCUGCCUACAGCAUGAGAUUCUCCGGAGCGAGAAGUCAAACGAUGCAAAGUGUAACAUCCGGUUCUAGAAGUAGCCCGACGAGGCAGACUCGCGGUGAGUUGAAACACGAGAACGGCGAAUCGCAAGCCUUGGCAAGCCCGUCGGUGGAAGAAUCGUCCGUCAGCUAGGUAGCUCUAAUACACCUUCAUCAGAGUCAGGAACAUCGCUCAUCAGGCGAAGAUGAUCUGGCGAUGUUGCAGAUGGAUGAGGAGGUGUAUGAACGAGAUGACAACAUAUUAUCAACCGUGGCUGAGUUGUCCGAGAUAACGGAUACUCCAACGCCACCCACUCACAACAGGUCCAACGGAUGUCGAGAUGAAUCCGUAUCUGGCUCUGUGCAGUCAAACGAUUCCGUGGAGUAUGAAAAAUCGACAAACGUGCCGAGCAUCUCCGCGAAGGUGUCUAUGCAAUCUAAUCUGGAGAACCAAGUCAACAAAUCGGACGAGAUCGGCAAUUCAACUGCAUAGGGAUAUCCUACAUGGGCGUUAGAGGAAUCGUCUUCAGUCGAAUUCUUACCACCAUAAAGCUUAUAGAAAUGGAGAGGGCAUGCUCCGCCUUUCUGCUGAUUCGUAAGAGCAACCGAGAUAACAAAACCUUCUUUUCCUCUGGAGGU